AUGGAAACGAAGAAGAGCAUCCAAGAAGCCACCCACAAUGCAAGACCCAGCAACAUCCCCAGCAAUUCCAACUACCACAACAGUAGAUCCAACAACAUCCCCAGCAAUUCCUAUCACAACAGAAUCUCCAACAACAUCCCCAGCAAUUCCGACUACCACAACAACCACAACAGAAGCUCCAACAACAUCCCCAGCAAUUCCAACUACAACAACAGUAGCUCCAACAACAUCCCCAGCAAUUCCUACCACAACAGAAUCUCAAACAACAUCCCCAGCAAUACCGACUACCACAUCAACCACAACAAAAGCUCCAACAACAUCCCCAGCAAUUCCAACUACAACAACAGUAGCUCCAACAACAUCCCCAGCAAUACCUACGACAACAGAAUCUCAAACAACAUCCCCAGCAAUUCAGACUACCUCAACAACCACAACAGAUUCUCCAACAACAUCCCCAGCAAUACCUACAACAACAGAAUCUCAAACAACAUCCCCAGCAAUUCAGACUACCACAACAACCACAACAGAAUCUCCAACAACAUCCCCAGCAAUACCUACGACAACAGAAUCUCAAACAACAUCCCCAGCAAUUCAGACUACCACAACAACCACAACAGAAUCUCCAACAACAUCCCCAGCAAUACCUACGACAACAGAAUCUCAAACAACAUCCCCAGCAAUUCAGACUACCACAACAACCACAACAGAAUCUCCAACAACAUCCCCAGCAAUACCUACAACAACAGAAUCUCAAACAACAUCCCCAGCAAUUCAGACUACCACAACAACCACAACAGAAUCUCCAACAACAUCCCCAGCAAUACCUACGACAACAGAAUCUCAAACAACAUCCCCAGCAAUUCAGACUACCACAACAACCACAACAGAAUCUCCAACAACAUCCCCAGCAAUACCUACAACAACAGAAUCUCAAACAACAUCCCCAGCAAUUCAGACUACCACAACAACCACAACAGAAUCUCCAACAACAUCCCCAGCAAUACCUACGACAACAGAAUCUCAAACAACAUCCCCAGCAAUUCAGACUACCACAACAACCACAACAGAAUCUCCAACAACAUCCCCAGCAAUACCUACAACAACAGAAUCUCAAACAACAUCCCCAGCAAUUCAGACUACCACAACAACCACAACAGAAUCUCCAACAACAUCCCCAGCAAUACCUACAACAACAGAAUCUCAAACAACAUCCCCAGCAAUUCAGACUACCACAACAACCACAACAGAAUCUCCAACAACAUCCCCAGCAAUACCUACGACAACAGAAUCUCAAACAACAUCCCCAGCAAUUCAGACUACCACAACAACCAUAACAGAAUCUCCAACAACAUCCCCAGCAAUACCUACAACAACAGAAUCUCAAACAACAUCCCCAGCAAUUCAGACUACCUCAACAACCACAACAGAAUCUCCAACAACAUCCCCAGCAAUACCUACGACAACAGAAUCUCAAACAACAUCCCCAGCAAUUCAGACUACCACAACAACCACAACAGAAUCUCCAACAACAUCCCCAGCAAUACCUACGACAACAGAAUCUCAAACAACAUCCCCAGCAAUUGA